AUGAACCAUGGAGUGAAUCCCAUUUCUGCACCAUCAAUGGCUGCCCAAAUGGAAGCAACGUCACUGCCGGCGAUGGAAGGUCGGCAGGAGUCACCGGCGAGGAAGGAAGAUCAUCCAGCAAGUACGCAAAUCCCUUGCGCGUCAGUUGCGGCUACGAUUGUUGCUGAAAUCGCAGCUGUGCAACUGAGUCGCAUAGCAUCAGCGGCUGACCCGGCGCAUUCAAAUUUGAAUGAAAUUAAGCUGCACUCAAUCUCUCUAGACAACCCGGCGCUUUCAAAUGUCGCGACAUCAGCGGCCAAAUCAGCAAAGCCAAAAGAGGGGAAUCUUAUCCCCACAACUCAGAAUAUCACCCUUUUAAAUGAGGAUAAUACUAAUUCCAGCUCUCCAAUUUGCUCUCCAAUUCCGCCUCCCUCUCCCUCAAAGUGGGGAAAAGUAAAUUUGCAAAAAUAA